UGUGUACCAAAGUGCAACGCCCCUGUUCGGCUACUUUCCCUUACAAAAAUUAACCGCUCCCUAAUUUCAAUGACUUCACUUUAUUGUUUGUGGCUAUGAUGUCUUCGGAUAACCACAAUGGACCGGAAACCUUCAAGCUGGAAGUCAAAAUCUCUCGCGCUUCAUUAAUCCGCGGCUACGGUUCCUUGGUCAAUACGCCAUUGCCGUCAAAUAAGCCAAAGUUCAACGUCAUAUUGGCACUGAUCGAUCCGCAGACGCCAGCGCCCACCGACAAUGCUGUGGAUGGUCAAGUGAGCACCCUGUCCAUACGCAGCUGGAACCCGCACUUUGAUCACCAUUCGUCUCUGCGUGUGACCUUGAACAAGUUACUCGAAUUCCGUCUUGUCGCCCGACAACAUUCCUCCGAUACUGGUGUUGUGGUUGGCUACGCAAGGCUUGUUCUUCAGCAUGCAGCAGAGACACACCGAUUCCGUCUGGAACAUCGAUCAUUCGAACUGGAUGUCCAUCCCUUACCAACGGACUCAGUUGCUUACCAGGCCGGCUUUGAUAAGCUCGGUUCUCUUACCGUGGUGUUGAAUGCGAACUCGCGGGCUCUACAGGAAGCCCUAAACGCUAACCGUUUAGGGACACAGCUAAAUGGCCACCUCAGUCGGUCUAACGUUUCCAUCGUGCGUGCGGACGGAUCGUCCCUACGUGGCAACCAUUCGCCCUCAUCCGGCGCUCCUCCUCGCCCUCCAACCACUUAUAAUGCCUCUAAUAAUCCCGGUGAGCCGUCUACUAGUGCUUCCCCCUCUUCGCAAAACGAUUCCUUGCCUCCAGAUUGGGAACGCCGCUUUGCCCCAAACGGUCGACCCUACUAUCUCGAUCAUUUGACCAGGACCACCACUUGGGAGAAACCCACACCACUUCCUCCGGGGUUUGUCGGCCGCUUCAUUGCCCUCGCCCUGUUCCAUGGCAAAUUUAUCGAUAGUGGCUUCACUUUACCGUUCUACAAGCGCAUGCUGAAAAAGAAAAUUACGCUGGAAGACAUAGAGUCCCUUGAUGUCAUUUAUUAUUCCUCCUUAAAGUACAUCCAAGAAUGCAAUCUUGAUGAAGCCGAAAUGGAUUUAGUCUUUUCGGUUGACUACGAGAUACUGGGUGAGGUGAAGACACACGAACUGAAACCGGAUGGGAAAAAUAUCCCUGUCACGGAGGAGAAUAAAGUCCAGUACUUGGAUUUGAUUGUCAACUGGCGGUUCUCUCGUGGCUGUGAAGAGCAAAUGGAAGCGUUCUUCAAGGGAUUCGCUGACGUUUUCCCUCUCGAGUGGCUCCAGUACUUUGACGAACGAGAGCUUGAAGUGAGUUGCUUAUUUCUCAUUUUUCGCGCAUCCAUGGAUUUCUUCACGUACGUACAGUCUGCUCCGUCUUGUGCUAUCACAACAGCCCGUCGAACCUUUGUUGGAUUAGCACUGAAAACUGCUGUAGUGCAUGAGUAG